CUUAAAAGCUAAAAACCGUUUCUGUACUCUACAUAAAUGUUCAUUACACUCCCACAUAAACAUAACUAAAUGCUAAUGCCAUAACAUAUCAAGAAAUCAGAUAAGAAUCUUGUGCUUACCCAGUUCGAACCAAAGCAAAAAUGAAGCUCACUUCAAGAUCCGCUCAUCCGGCAAAGAAGCGAGGUUUUUUCAAGAUUAUUGUUUCCGAAAUCAGUCCCGAAAGUAAGCUUAUGAUUCCGAAAGAAUUUGUGAAAAAUCACAAAGAGAAGCUACGAGGACGCGUGCACUUGAAGGCCACCGGCAGUGCACCUUGGCCAGUGGAUGUGGUGAGAACAAAAGGCGAGGUCUGGUUGCAAAAUGGUUGGCCUGAGUUCGCAACAUUUUACUCGCUCUCUUUUGGUUCGGUGUUAGUUUUUGAGUCCUUCAAAAAAUCUAAAUUUCGAGUACGUGUGUUCGACCAAAGUGCAACUGAGAUAAACUAUCCUUUGAACCGUGAUCUAAGUCUUGAUGAUGGAGAAUCAGUACCCCAGGUGAGAAAAAGAGAGGCUGAAAUUGGUGGUUCAAGUAAGAAGACAAGAUCAAGUACUGAAGAAGCCUUCCAUGAUGAAUUAAAUUUGAAGCAAGAAGAAGCAAAUGGAGAUGGAGGUUCGGCAAGUAAAGAAGAGAUAGAGAGAGUAGUGAACUUGGCUGCGGCUUUUGAAUCUGAGAAUCCCUUUUUUGUUAUUAAUAUCAGACCGUCAUAUGUAAUUCGAAGUGGCGUGGAUGUAAGGAGAAGCUUCCUGGAGACUUACACAAAGUGGGAGAAAAGGGGCCAAGUCAUCUUUCGAGUUGGAAAUGAAACCUGGCCAAUUGGUUAUACUUUGUGUGGGGAGCGUUGUACUCUAAACACUAAUUGGAAGAAAUUUCUAAAAGACAAUUCACUCGAGGUAGAUGAUGUUUGUGUGUUUGAGCUGAUCGACCCUGCUAGAAAAUUGUUCAAUGUCAUCGUAUAUCAACCAAAGCGUGAGGCUGCCUGAUCUUAAUUUCUUGAUGAUCAUUGUUUGAUUUUGCUAUGCUAUUUGUGAUUUUGGUUUUGUUGUUCUGCUUUGCCAAAUUUAUGAAUGAAUCUUAAUAUGAAAAUUUAGCAAAAAAAUUUAUCAUGUAGUCGUGCUUAAACCGGGUUGUCAGAUAGAGAUUAGAGACUACUGGUGAAGUUUUAAUUUAAUCAAAGAUUUCUAAACGUUA